AUGCUGGACCAACAUGGCCCGCAGAAACAUGAUGAAAUAUUGGAGCCGUGUGCCAUGACCGUCCUCCCUGAAGACGGCUCAUCCACCAUUCAACAAGUUCCUGUCUCAAACAACCCAGCCUUUACGGCGUCGCUUGACCAUUCUCCGGAUAUCGAAUAUCGUUAUUUAACGUUCGAAACAGACAUCCCGCUCACUCCAAUUCUUCCACCCGAUCCCAAAGCUGAAAUUCCGCCAUGUCCAAAUUUGCGCGACUACGAUAAUCCGUUCUCCUGGUCAUUAACUCGAAAGAGGUUGUUGACCUACCUUUCAUGUUCAGUGAAUAUAACAGCGGCAUAUUCUGCAGGGUCUUAUGCCGCCCCCGCUGCCGGAAUGACCCAGAAAUGGGGUGUGUCGAAUGUGGCAUACAAUAUGGGCAUCACCAUCUUCACGGUCGGAUUCGGAAUUGCUCCUAUGGUUUUGGCACCAUUCUCAGAGAUCAACGGCCGGAGACCUGUCUUUAUUGUGACGGGAUUGCUUUUCGUCAUUUGUCAGCUAGGCUGUGCACUCACUGAUUCUUACGGAGGAAUGCUCGCCGCUCGAUUCUUCCUUGGUGUCGGAGGCUCGACAUUCUCCACCAUGGUUGGAGGUAUUCUCGCCGAUGUUUGGGUGACCGCCGACAGAAAUACUCCCAUGGUCUUGUUUACCGGAGCAACAUUGCUGGGGACUGGACUUGGGCCUCUGGUCAGUGGCUUUGUCGCACAGCGUCUGUCCUGGCGAUGGGUCUUUUGGAUUCAAGUCAUCACGAGCGGGACUUUGGUGACUCUGGUCACUCUCUUCUUCAAAGAAACCCGCGGAAGCAUCAUUUUAAGUCGAAAGGCAAGAUGCUUGAACGAGUGGUAUGAAAAACUAGAAGAAGCAGGAGCUCGUGGAAUGCAGAUUGAUGCCAACGACCUGGAGAAGAAUUCCAGACCGUGUUGCCGUAUACGUUGGAGGGUGAAAGCAGACGAGGAGAGAUCUUCCCUAGGCACGAUGAUAGCCGUGUCUCUGUACCGGCCGUUCCACAUGCUCGUCACGGAACCGGUGGUCUUUUGGUUCAGCUUGUGGGUCUCCUUCUCUUGGGCCGUUCUCUACCUUCAAUUUGGAUCGGUUCCUCUGGUCUAUGAGGUCAACCACGGAUUUUCUCUUGAGCAAACUGGAGCAAUAUUCACCGCUGUUUGUGUUGGAGCCAUCAUCUCCACUGUCCUCAGUAUAUACCAGGAAAAAUGGGCUGUGAAGCAUUACCCGGUGAAAAUAAAUGGAAGUCCAGAGGGAAGACUUUUGUUCACCUGUGUCGAAUCUGCCCUGAUGCCAAUUGGAUUGUUUUGGUUCGGCUGGACUUGUUAUUCUUCUAUUCACUGGAUCGUUCCUACAAUUGCAAUUGCCGUGGCCACCAUGGGCAUCUUCAGUAUAUACUUGGCAUCAUUCAACUAUACCGCUGAUGUCUAUCACAUCUAUGCAAGCUCGGCUCUGGCAGCCUCGGGACUUUGUCGAAAUUUAUUGGGUGGCUCCUUUCCUCUAGUCACCGUCCAGAUGUUUCGAGGAUUGGGAUUUCAAGCCGCCAGCUGUUUAUUGGGCGGAAUCGGUGCCGCGUUGACACUUGUACCCUGGGUUUUGGCUUUGUACGGACCGAAGAUUAGAGCCAGGAGUAAGAUUGCCAGUUCGUUCACGUGA